AUGAAUUCAUUAACAAAUGAUAUCAAUACAUCUAAUCAAUUAUCAUCUUUUACCACAAAACAUGAAACGAAGCGUUCAAAUAAAGCAACGAAACGGAAGAAAAAUCCGGGCAAUAUAAGUAGUCCGGUAAAACAAUAUAAACGUGCAUUUAUAUGGGAAAUGGACGAUGUUUGUGUACUGUCAAAUUUUUUCCUUCGAUCAAAUGAUCCGGUUCGUAAUGAACGAUUAGCACAAACGAUCAAUAAUAAUGUUGAUCGAUUUAUUGCAUCCAUUUUUGGUAUCGAUCAAAAUGAUCAAGAUUGUGAAUAUGUGAAUAUCGAAGAUGCUAAUAUCGAUGAUACAUUUGAUGAUAUCACAUAUCAACCAAUUGGUAUUGAUAUGCCAAGUACGUCAACUAUGGGUAAUUCGGAAUCAUCGUCAUUAGGUCACGCACGUGGUGAUGUUGAUUGGAUGAGGAAAUUAGCUACAAAAUAUCAACACAUCAAAGAUACUUAUAAUUCAUAUAAAAAUAAUUUUUCCGGUCUUUUAGAACGGAUUGGAAAUACGGAACGAGCUGAAUUAUUAGCAUUAAAAUCAUCAAUGGAUCCGUUAACUCAAGGUUGGGGAGAAAGUAUUAGACAAUGUUUGAAACUUAUCAUCGACAGAUCAUCUCGAGAGCAUUAUGCAAAUGUGUUAUUAACAAGCGAAAAUAUUGUUUCAACAUUAGCUAAAUUAUCAAUUAUGGAGCAAAGUUCAAUGAUACCUGCGGAGAAUGUUUAUAGUAUGAUGAAAAUUGGUAAAGAAGCGGUAAUUGAUCGAAUUUUGAGUCAUUAUGGUAAAAAAUGCUCCUUUGUUAUCAUAUCAACACAUCUUGAUACACAUGAAAUUGCUAAAAAGGAAAAUAUUCCAUUAUGGAAAGUGAAAAGUGUUCGUGACUUGGAUCUCUUCCAUUUGGCACUCAAUCAUCAUCUUCUUAGUUGA